CCGAGCCAAACCAAGCCGAGCAAAGCGAGCAGGCACGCGAACAGGGGCGAUGUGUACUGCGGCAGCCGGACCUGGGCCUCUCCUCCUCGUCCUCCUCUGACAUGCAGGCUGUGUUAUGAACAGGGUUUUCUUGGAGACCAGAGGAGCAUGUUCUGAAAAUUGAAGUCAGAUCACAACCCGGCCAUGAGCCACAAGUAUCAGGGAGAAGCAUCAGGGGAAGUGGGCGAGGAGCACAAGGUGCCUCCGAGGAGCAGGCAGCCCAACGGGACCACACCCAGGGAUCCUCCUGUACGUCGAUCCUGGAGGCCAUGUCAGAUGCUCAACCAGGAUGGGGAACCGAAUCCCCACCAUCCUCAUCAUCACCAUCAUCAUCACCACCACCACCACCUGCCCACAAGUCGUGGAGCCCCUCGGCAUCGCCGUCGGCCCCCGUCAGGACAGGGACAGGGACAGGGACAGGGACAGGGUCAAAGCCAGGCUCAGAGUCCUGGUCUGGUCCCGGCAGUGGCUCCUUCUAGGCCGGUUGGUGGGGAGAGUCAAGACAAUGAAGCUCGUCACAUCCAUCAACCCCGUCCUGCUGUCACCCGUUAUCGCCGUCAUGGUGACCCUAACCCCAGACUCAGAGGUCACAGACAGAGGCAGCCAAUCGGAGAGAUGCAGGACGCUUCACCUGGUGCAGAUGAGAGAGAGGGUCCAGCAGAUGUGCAGGUACAGCAGCACUCAUCAGAUGAUGCUGUAACGAACCAAUUGCAGGAUAGAGGAUCUCCUCACCAGACUCCCUUUGCUGUUGUCACCCCCACCCACCUCUCACCUGGUCCUGCAACCCAUAACAUGCAACUUCACCUCCGACACACUCCUCCUGCUGAGGCAGAGGAGGAUCUUCAGGAGCUUAAAGUGCAGUGUGAAGAGGAACCGGAGGAUGUUAAGGAGAAGGAUGAAGAACAAGAACUGGCGGAAAACGAUGAAGACCCUCAUUCAACCACAGGUCCAUCCAGCUGCAGCCAUGAUGACAUGCAGAUGAUUAAUGAUGAAGCAGAGGAACGUGCAGAGAGGGUGGAGGAGGAUCAAGAAGAAGUGAUGGAUGAUGUAGUGGAGGACAUUGCAGCUCAGGGAAGUGAAAUCACUGAUCUCUGCUCCGACACGGAGAGCGCCGCCUCACUCAGUAUGGACGGACCUCUCCACAGCCCACCACCCCUCCAGUCACCAACUCCUCCUUCAUCUCCUGACGUUCCACCUUUCCCCCAGUUGGACCAUUUCAGUGAGGAAACCAGUUUUAGCCCUCUGCCUGACAGUGAUGUGCUACCUGAAGAAGAAGAAGAAGAAGAGGAAGAAGAUGAUGAUGAGGAUUGCUCUGAAUCGUGCUCACUGUCUCACUUCACUUCCCGCUCUGAAUCUUAUCCAAAAACCUAUGCAGACUUUUAUUCAGAGUCCCACCAAAAGUCAUACCCCAAACAUGUUUACGAGUCGUACUCAGAGCCAAAAUCCCAUCCUAACUCUUUUCCGGAACCCCUUAAGACCUCCUACCCUGAGUUACACAGAGAACCUCGAAGGCAAACUGGUUGGAGGACUGAGCCACAUGAGGCCCAGCAGGAGUCCCGCCAAGAGCCCUUUACUAGCCAUAGACACGAGAAUGUACAAAAAGGGGUUCCAUCCUCCCCCACCAAGGGCUCCCAUUAUGCUUCAAAAAAGGGCCGGGGUUCAAAUCACUCCCCUGUGGACCGGUCUGUCGGCUGCCGCCUGCACCACUACGACGGACAGUCUGAUGGUGAGGGGGACAGCGGCGAUCAAAGUCCUGUUCCCAAAAGUCAAAGGCAGGCACCCAGGCAAGCAGAAACCCAGGCCAAGAGCCCCUCAUCUGGGCAGAGCAGCUCAGGUGAGGCCCAGGAGGAGGGGAACACGGUGGGUCCCCAAGGGGAGGAAGGUACAAGGGGCUCAGGAGACGCCAUCAGCAUGGCAAUUAAAGACAUUAAGGAGGCGAUUGAGGAAGUGAAGACGAAGACAGUACGCUCCCCCUACACACCUGACAAGCCUGUGGAGCCGAUUUGGGUGAUGAGGCAGGAGGUCAGCCCCACAGAGGAUGCUUACCCUUUGCAGACUACAGCUGGCCAUUCUUCUCCUCACUCACCCUCACAGUCAGUUUCUGACUCUCCGUCCCGCUACGCCUCAGUUCCAGCUCAGGAGCCAGUUAGUCCCCUGAGAGUUGAGUCAGCCAGAGCGCUUCAUCCUCAACAUUAUCACCAACAGCAGCCCCAACACAACCAUCACCACCAAGGCCACCAUUCACAGCAGAGGGACACCGCAAGGCCACCGCAGACAUACACAAAGCCGCAACCAUACACACACAUGCCGCCUAAUCAGCAUCAGCAACGUCAACAUCAGCAUCAACAACAGAUUCAACAUCAACAACAUCAGCAGCCUCCAGCUCAGCAGCCUCGACCACAAGUUCAGCCACUGUCGCCUCCACAGCAGCCGUCUGUUCAGGAGAUUCGCAGAUCUCUUCCUCAGUUUCCAACAUUUGUGGAUGUCCCGGGGCCAUGUGACCCCGAAGACCUUAUUGACGGCAUCAUCUUUGCAGCGACCUACCUAGGCUGCACCCACCUGCUGUCAGAGAGGACACCCACAAAGAGCGCCCGCAUGCAGCAGGCCCAGGAGGCCAUGAGCAGAGUCCGGGCUGCCCAGAAGCAGGCGAAGAACAGGAAAAAGAGCCCCGACGGGGAGGCUCCGUCCACCGCUGAGGUCGACCUGUUCAUGUCCACGCAGAGGAUCAAAGUCCUCAAUGCAGACACUCAGGAGUCUUUAAUGGACCUGCCACUGAGGACAAUCUCCUACAUAGCCGACAUCGGUAACAUGGUGGUGCUGAUGGCCCGGGGGAAGAUGGUGCGGUCCCGCAGCGCACAGGAGAACCUGGACCACACAGCUGAGCAAACCACCAUGACCCACGAUGACAGGCGGCUCUACAGGAUGAUCUGCCACGUCUUCGAGUCCGAGGACGCCCAGCUCAUAGCUCAGUCCAUCGGUCAGUCUUUCAGCGUCGCCUACCAGGAGUUUCUCAGGGCCAACGGCAUCGACCCAGAGGACCUGAGCCAGAGGGAGUACAGCGACCUGCUCAACACUCAGGACAUGUACAACGACGACCUCAUCCACUUCUCCAAGUCAGAGAACUGCAGAGACGUUUACAUCGAGAAGCAGAAAGGAGAGAUCCUGGGUGUGGUGAUAGUGGAGUCGGGCUGGGGCUCCAUCCUCCCCACCGUCAUCAUCGCAAGCAUGAUGCACGCUGGUCCGGCUGAGAAGUCUGGCCGACUCAACAUCGGAGACCAGAUCAUGACCAUAAACGGGACGAGUCUGGUGGGCUUACCGCUCAGCACCUGCCAGAGCAUCAUCAAGGGCCUCAAGUCUCAGUCCAGGAUCAAGAUGAACAUCGUCAGGUGUCCUCCUGUCACCAUGGUGCUCAUCCGCAGGCCGGACCUCAGAUACCAGCUGGGCUUCAGUGUCCAGAACGGCAUUAUCUGCAGCCUGAUGAGGGGAGGCAUCGCUGAGAGAGGAGGCGUCCGCGUCGGCCACCGCAUCAUCGAGAUCAACAGCCAGAGUGUCGUGGCGACGCCUCACGAGAAGAUCGUUCAGAUUCUGUCUAAUGCCAUGGGAGAGAUCCACAUGAAGACAAUGCCUGCAGCCAUGUACCGUCUGCUGACAGCACAGGAACAACCUGUCUACAUCUGAACGCACACUUCACUCUUUUCACCACGUCUCAGUCUAUCCUCACUACUGUCCAUCCAUCUUUCAGUUGUUUUAAACAGCUUUCUUCUCUCUGCAUCCUGUUCGAUAUCACUUGACUUGCCUUAAUCUGUACAGUGCACUGUCAUGUAAACAUGUACAUCUACAGUAUAGGCAGACAGCAGAAGACAGAUUAUCUCAGUAGGCCGAGUGUUAAUGUGACGUGUUAUGUUUGACCAAAGAGAACUUGUGGAUUUUAUUGUGCAUAUUUAGGUGGCAAACAGAGUAAAUAUUACCUUUGGUUAAAUAGCUGUAAUAUCUGAAUGUACUCUAACCAUGUUGGACCUAUAAAUUGUCAG